UUUCCCCUUUCCCUACGCGCAAUUUCCCCCCUUCCCUACGCGCAAUUUCUCCCGUUUCCUAUGCGCAGUUUCCCCCCUUACCUUAUUUCCAAACACUCCCCUCCUCUCCCUCCACUCUUUUCGCCCUUAUCCCCACACACUACCUCCUCCCUUCCCUCCCUUCUCUCCUUGAACCCUCUUUUCCCUCCCCUCCCCCUUCUACCCUUUCUUCUCAUUUCCUCCUUUCCCCCUCUUCGCCUCUCGUUCCCUCCCUCGCUUCCCCUCUCUCUUCGCUGUUAG